AUGAUAGUAGAUGAUGCUCCGUAUUGUCGACGAUCUGAUUCUCCUAUUUCUUUACGUCGUAACAAUAAUGAAUCCUCAUGUCAAUUUGGAGGAAAAUCGUGGUCCUUUGCAGAGUUACACCGUCAUAAUCGAACCCCAAGUCAGAUUAUUCAUAACUUUCGAUCAAGUAUUGAAAAAGCUGAAGAAUACUCUUUUUAUGUAUCUGGUCAUGGUAACUCUAGCUUUUUGUGCGAAUGUAAAAGCCGCAGUUUUGGGAAAAACUGUGAAUACCAGCUUUAUAUUAUGCCUGGAGGUACACGACCAAUAUUUUCAGAGGCACGAAGAAUGCAGAACGUACUAAAACGAGAUAGUCGUUUUCGUAUGCAUGUUUAUCAGAAAAAUCCAUGUUAUACAACAUUAAUAUGUGACCACGGAUUACUUUGCUUGGAUUGGCGUGAUAUUUGUGAUGGACGGCAACAGUGUAUGAAUGGAUUGGAUGAAGAAACUUGUGAUCUACUUGAGUUCAAUGAAUGUGACAAGGAUGAAUAUCGUUGUUCUAAUGGAAUGUGUAUCCCAGAUAGUUAUUUUCUAGACGGUGAAUAUGAUUGUAUGGAUGAUUCCGAUGAACAACGACCAUUUAAUCAUAGUGGAUGUGCUUAUCAACCAGAUCCUUUCAAUUGUGAUGACCAUGCAUGUUCAGUAUCAGAAUGGUCGUGUGGAGAUGGUCAAUGUAUUAAGGAACGAAACAGGUAUGAAUGGCAAGAAUUAACUAUACCCAGCUCACAAUGUUAUUCAAUGCGUGAGUAUAUGUUUAUGUGUGAACUGAGUGAGCAAUACAAAUUAUGGACAAUGGUGAAUGGCACAUGUUACCAUUCAUCAGUUGCUCCUCUUAUGAAUCUAUCUUAUAAACAAGAGAGCAUGGCUGAUCAAACGACACACGAAUAUUGCUUGUUUCUCGUCAAAUGUGUACUAUCGGAUAAUGCUGGAAAAGACUGCCGUUGUAAGAACCAAGACUGUCGUCAAUACCUAAACGGAAGUUGCUCAUCGACGAUCCAGUAUCCAUCAAAAGGAUUACUGACCCCUUAUCUAAUUGCUCAUUACAAUAUCACACGAGAUUGGGCUGUCAAGAAACGACCUGACUAUUAUACGCUAUCAGGAAGUAUCAGAUGUCGUGGAUAUGAAGCAUAUUCAGAUGUCCAUAGAUCUAUUUGGUUGGAGAACACUAAUGAUCUGAGGCAUAUUGCACUUGAUCGUGCGUUUUGUGGACAUAAAAGCAUUUCAAAAAAUACCACGGGGCCCCAUUUCCAUUCAUUAUGCUAUGCCAACGUUUCAAAAACUCUUGAAAACAAAUUAUCGUAUGCUUUUUUCGAUGUAUGUGAACAAUGUAUUUCUCAGUAUCGCAUCAAUGAUGGUUUCAAAGAUUGUGUUAGCGGUGAAGAUGAAUUACGAGAACAAAUCGAUACUUGUACUGGUUACGUUCGUGAUUAUCGUUACCGUUGUCCUUUCGGGCCAACUACAUGCUUGACUGUUCAAGCACUUGGUGAUUCUAUUACUUCUUGCAAUCAAGAUGAAGAUGAGUUUAUAUUAGGAUCAGGACAAUCAUUAUCUCUGAUUAAAUGUUUAGAAUUUGAAGACGAAGAUUGUCUUUUCCUACGUGAAUAUAUCUCAAAUUCAGGAAAUAGUUCUGGUGAAAACAAUCAAAUAAGUGAAAAGGCCAAAUUACCAUUUCGUUCCUAUUGUAAUACAUUUUGGGAUCUGCAAGAUCGAACUGAUGAAUCACUAGAAUUAUGUCAAUCUUGGCGAUGUCCUCAAAAUGAAUUUCAAUGUCGAAGUGGACAUUGUAUAUCACAAGAAUAUGUUUGCGAUGGGGAAUGGGACUGUUUUGAUGCAUCUGAUGAAUUGUUUGACAUUGAUCAUCUAAGUAUUCAUAAUCAGAAAGUCAAUCUAAUAAAAAAACGAACAACAUGCGCCACUAACACAAGUAACAAAAUAAAGUCGUUUAGUGCACUAUGUAACAUUUCAACAGAAUAUCCAUGCUUGUUAAUCAACUUUACAAAACAAUCAGAUAUCUUCGUCACUCGACCGUGUAUAAAUAUUAAUCAAAUAGGCGACAACACAAUUGAUUGUUUGGGUGGAUUUGAUGAACGAAAUACUUUAAAACACUGCAAUGGAUUAAAGCAGUUGGGUCACAGUUUCCAAUGUCGAUCCAACCCGGACAUGUGCUUUGAUGAACAAAACUUAUGUACAAACAUCGAACAAUGUCCUGAUAUUUCACCUUUAUGUGAACAAUAUAUUGAUUAUUGUUCUCAUUCAAAAGACUUCGUCUGUAUCAAUGGAACUUGUGCAAAGAAGGGUCGCUGUAAUGGAUACAUCGACUGUGAGUAUGGAGAAGAUGAGUAUUGGUGCAAUUCGCAAAACAAUUUAAGAUCGUAUCGAAUCUUGAAACAGCAAAAUCAAUUUAGAAACAUACGUUUAGGUGAAUUACGAAUGUACCCACUUCCAAACAGUGUAACAAAUAUCACUACUAUAGGAAAAGCAAAGUCUAUUGUCAAACGAAAUACCCCUGUUAACGUACCUAAUAAUAUUGUCCCAAUGAUUUGUAAUCGUGGAGUAGCUGUUUUAGAGUACACAAACAAAAUCGUUUGUUUCUGUCCUCCAACAUAUUAUGGUCAAUAUUGUGAAUAUCAUAGUGAUCGAGUAACAACCUAUACUCAUCUAAACGUUUCACAUUCUCGUUUUGUAGAAAUAACAAUAGAUUCAAAUAUUACAAUCAAAUUACUCGCACUUCUCGUCUAUGAAAAUGAAAUUCUUCACAAUCGUCAAUUUCACUUUCGAUCCGUUGACAAUUUUCAUCGUAUUAUCAAGAAACGAUGUCAUUUAAUCUAUUCCAGAGAAAAACAUCUCCUUCAAGCGAAGAUUCGUCGUAGAUCAAAUCGUACAUCGAUUACAAAACAUACUCCUUACUAUCUCCGAUAUGAAGCUUAUGAAUUGGCAGCGAAUAGUUCAAUACAUUUAGUCGGUGUAUGGCAAUAUCCUAUAUAUUUUGACUUUCUCCCAUCAUUUCGAAUUGCGAAAGCACUACGUUUUCAUAACAACUUAUCCCACUCGCUCUGCCAAUCAAAUCCAUGUAAUUCUUCGAAUGCUGAAUGUCAUAUUCUUCAGAAUGAUCCGACAAAAUUCAUCUGUCUUUGUAAAUCUAAAUACUCUGGUGAAAAUUGCUCGAUUCUAGAUGAAAAUUGCGCUAAGAACUUUUGCCAUUCAAAAUCGUUGUGUAAACCAACCUAUUUGGGUAAAACUGCAGGUACUCGUUUGCCUUAUUGUCUUUGUCCUCUGAAUAUGUAUGGAAGCAGAUGUGGUUUAGUUUUGGAUCAAUGUUGGAACAAUCCUUGUAAAAAUAAUGGUACUUGUUAUUCCAGUACGAGUGAUCUCAACAAAACUAAGUGUGCUUGUGAUGAGAGAUACUAUGGUGACAAAUGUGAGUUAAAAACGAAAGACAUUGAUAUUAAGAUUUCACCAAAUAAUGUCAGUGGAAUAUUCGUGAUACAAUAUUUGGAUAUUAACUUUAAAACAUUAGAUCUUAUUCUUAAACAUCAAGUAGUAAAUAAACAAUUAUCUAAACGUCUUCGUUACGAAUAUGCAGGAAAUUGGGCUCCGGAUAUCAUACUUGUUUGGAUUAUAAAAUAUUUUUCACAUUCUGUAAUUUUUCCUCUCGUUUCUAGUAUAUCAAUAUCACAACAUAUGUCAUGA